AUGGCGGAGGAGAUAGUCUUAUAUUAUUUCGACGCGAGGGGCAAAGCUGAACUGAUUCGGUUGAUCUUCGCCUACCUGGGAAUCAAGUACACGGACAAACGGUUUGGCGAAAAAGGAGACGCCUUCAUCGAGUUUAAGAAUUUCAAAAAGGAAAAGAAAACCCCCUUUGAGCAAGUGCCCAUACUAGAAAUGGACAACAUAAUAUUUGCUCAAAGUCAGGCCAUAGUAAGGUACCUAUCAAAGAAGUACAAAAUAGGUGGGGAUACUGAUCUGGAUGAAUUUUACGCAGACAUGAUUUUCUGUGGAGUACAAGACAUACAUUAUAAAUUUAACAACACAAAUUUGUUUAAGCAGAAUGAGACUACCUUUCUUAAUGAGGAAUUGCCAAAAUGGUCAGGAUACUUUGAGAACAUUUUGAAAAAAAACAAGUGCCAUUAUUUCGUUGGCGAUAAUUUAACGUAUGCCGAUUUGGCUGUUUUCAAUUUAUAUGAUGACAUCGAAACAAAGUAUCCAAACAGUUUAAAAAAUUUUCCUCUACUGAAGGCUCAUAACGAAUUUAUUAGCAACUUACCUAACAUUAAAAAUUAUAUUAGUAAUAGGAAGGAGAGCGUCUACUAA